AUGAGUUGGAACCAGCCUCAGCUCACAUCACCGGGUGGAUCCAGUAACAGAAACCCACCAGAGAUGUGUCCCCAUCUUCUGAAUUCCCGGGACUCCACACAGGAAAGCCACAAUACCUCUCAGGAAAAGGUCGUAAACCAAAAGACAACAGAGAUGGCAAACUGUUCCAGUAGGGAGAAGAGGCCGGAGGAACCAGCCACAAAGACCACCGCUGAAUCCAGUAACAGAAACCUACCAGAGUGGUGUCCUCCCCAUCCUCUGUCUUCCCGGGAACCCUCACAGAUGGCUUACUUAAUCCCAAAAAAAGAGGUACAUAAUGAGAUAGACGCACAAGCUUUAAGGCAGACAAACAACAGUGAUGAUAUAGAGAAGAUCCGCGAGGUUCCCGCUGUUGAGACCACAGAACAAAAUGGAAAUUCCAAAGCCGAAGCAAAUCAUGGCUCUUUUACCUCAAACCAAACUGAAGCCAGCCCUGCUGUGGACAACUCAACGAUAACCUGUGGGGAUGAUACAAACUCUGGUUCUGUAAAGGACACAAAUAAUGUCUCCAAGAGCAAAGAAACAAAAGAAAAAACCAAUAGGAACUUCAACGAUGUGGUUGGUCACAGCCCCAUCAGUUCAAAGCAACCUGAAGCUAACGCCAUAACUUCAAACCCAAAUGAAAUGGGCACCAUCACUCCAAAUCAAACUGAAAAUGACACAAUCAUUUUAAAGCAAACGGAAGCCAAUGUCAUCACGUCAAACCAAGACAAAGCUGACACCAUCACUUCAAAGCAAAUUGAAGCUGACACCAUCGCUUUGAUGCAAACUGAGGCUAACACCAUAAUUUCAACCCCAACUGAAGAGGAUUCCAUGAAUUCAAAGCAAAUUGAAGCUGACACCAUCGCUUUGAUGAAAACUGAGGCUAACACCAUCAUUUUAACCCCAACUGAAGAGGAUUCCAUGAAUUCAAAGCAAACUGAAGCCGAAACCCUCACUUCAAAAAUUAAAACCGAAGCUGACCCCAUCAUUUCAACCCUAACUGAAGAGUAUUCCAUGACUUCAAAGCGAACUGAAGCUGACGCUGUCACCUCAAACCCAAUUCAAGAGGAUGCUAUGACUUCAAAUCAAACUGAAGCUGACACCAUCAUUUCAAACCCAACUCAAGAGGUUUCCAUACCUUCAAAGCAAACUGAAACUGAUGCCAUUACUUCAAACCCAACCAAAGAACACAUCACCACUUCAAAACCAAAUGAAGAGGAUGCCUUGAGUUCAAAUCAAACUGUAGCUGACAUUACCUCUCCAAACCCAACUGAAUCCAAUGCCUUAGCUGAAGCUGCAGAUAGCCCAACAAGAGCUUUUAGGGGCAAUAUACUCCCUUACCCUUACAGUAUCUUCAGUCUUGAUGUACCAGAAAGUAUAAGUCAUAGGAACCCAGUUGAAGAGGAUGCAAUGAUUUCAAAGCAAACCGAAGCUGAUGUUAUUACUUCAAACCCAACUAAAUCCAACGCCUCCGAUUCAAAACAAGCUAAAGCUGCAGAUAGCCCAACAAGAGAUUUCAGGGGCAGUAUACUCCCUCAUCCUUUAAUGAACACAAAUAGUGUCUUUAGACUUGAAGAACCAAAAAUUUGUAAAUCUAGGAAAACCAGUGCUGUGGUUGGCCGCCAGGCCAUCAUCGCUUCAAACCAAACUGAAGCCAACCCUGCUCUGAGUAAACCAAUAAGAGUGUUCAGUGAUAAUACACUCCCUCCUCCUGAAGCAUUGAAAAAUAAUACAAUUAAAGAUUCCACACCCGUGGGUGGUGACAGCACCAUAACGUCAAAUCAAACAGAAGCCAACUCUGCUGUAAAUUACCACACAACAAGGUGCAUAGAUGAUGCACUCCCUGUUCCUCUAAAGGACACAAAUGACAUUUUCAAUUUUGAGGCAAUAAAAAAUAAAAGAAUUAGGAACUCCAGGUCUGUGGUUGGUCCUGGCAUCUUUAUCUUUAACCCAUCUGAAGCCAAUUCUGAUGUGGAUAUCCCAAGAAGAGCUUUUAGGGAUGAAACCUUCCUUGCUCCUUUAAGGAACACACCUAACCGCUUCAAUUUCAAAGAGAAAACACUAAAGAUUACAAUUCAAAAUUCCUUAGCUGUGGUUGGUCACAGAGCCGCAGUGGCAAACCAAAUUGAAGCUGACCCAGUUGUGGAUAAACCAACAACUGCCUUGGACUUAACACUCUCUGCUCCUUUAAAGAACACAAACAAUGUCUCUAGUUUUGAGGCAAUGAAAUCUAAAAAAGAUAAGGACUCCAUGACUGCGGUUGGUCACAGCAGCAUAACUUCAAUCCAAACCAAAGUCAUCUCAGUUUUAAAUAAUCAAACAACAACCAGUGAAGACGAGACACUUCCUGCUCCAUUAAAGGACACAACUAACAUCUCAAAUUCCAAAACCACAGAGGAGAAACAAAUUCCGAAUUUUAUUGGUGUGGUUGGCCCCUGCCCCAUCACUAGAAGCAGAGCCAAAACAAACUCCACUUCAAAUAACCCAACAACUUGCAGGGAUGACGCAAUCUUGGCACCUGUAAAUUACACAAUCGACCUCUCCAACUCAAGUGCAACAAAAAAAUUGAAAACAACUACAGCUGUUGGUCACAACGCAAUAAUGUCAAGCCAAACUGAAUCAGACUCGGCCUUGAAGAUCCCAACAGUAGCUUUUAGGGAUGACACGCUCCCUGCUCCUUUAAAGGACAUGGAUAUUGUCUGUAAUCCUGAGGAAAUUACAAAUGAGAACUCCAAGUCUACGGUUGGUCACAAUGCCAUAAUCUCAAAUCAAAGCAAAGCUGUCUUUGCUGUGGACGACCCAACAACAUCUCAUAGAAUAGAUCCACAGAUUACUCUUUUAAGCAAUCCCGAGGCAAUCACAAAUGAGAAUAUUACAAACGCCAAGUCUACGGUUGAUCACAGUGCCGUCAUUUCAAACCAAACCAAAGCUGACUCUGCUAUGACUAACCCAACAACAAUUUUCAGGGAAGAUUCACAUAUUGCAUCUUUAAAGGACACAAAUAACGUCUCCAAUUACGAAGAAACAAAGAAGAAUACAAUUAAUAAUUCCACAUCUGUGAUCGUUUACAGCACUCUCACUUCAAAGCAAACAGAAGCUGACUCUGCUUCAAAUAAACCAGCAACUACCUGCAGGGAUGAUAGUGACGGUCCUCCUUUAAAUGACACAAAUAGUGUUUCCAACUCGGACAUGACAAGCGGGGAAAAAAGUGGAGAUCCCACAUCUGCGGUUGGUCAUGGUGCCAUAACUUCAAACCAAACUGAAGGUGACUCAGUUGUGGAGAAACUAACAGAAGCUUUCAUGGAUAAUGCACACCCUGCUUCUUUGAAGGACCCAAGUAACCUCUCAAAUUCUGAGGCACUGAAAAACACAAACACGAACUCCGAGUCUACGUCUGGUCACAGUGCCCCCACUUCAAACCAAACUAAAGGUGACUCAGCUGUGUAUAACCCAACAGCAUCUUGUAGAGAAAAUGCACAUACUGCAUCUUUGAAGGACACAAAUCAUUUCUCCAACUCUACAGAAACAAUAAAAGAUAAAAUUAAGAACUCCACGUCUGUGAUUGUUUAUAGCGCCAUCACUUCAAACCGAACCGAAGCGGAUUCUGCUUUGAAUAAGCAAGCAACAACCUGCGUAGACAAUACACUUUCUCGUCCUUUAAAUGACACAAAUAAGCUUUCUGACACUGGAAACAGCGAAAACAUUAGAAAUCCCACACCUGUGGUUGGUCAUGGUGUCAUAUCUUUGAACCAAACUGAAGUUGACUCAGUUGUGGAAAACCCAACUUGCAGGGACAAUACAGUUCCUGCUUCUUUAACGGACACAAAUAACGUCUCAAAUUUCCAAGCAACCGAAAAAAGAUUUUCUUGUAGUGCUAUCACUUCAAACCGAACCGAAGCUGAUUCUGCUUCAAAUAAACAAGAAACAACCUGCAAGGACAAUACACUUUCUCAUCCUUUAAAUGACACAAAUAAGCUUUCUGACUCGGACACUGCAUACAGGGAUAUAAUCAGAAAUCCCAAAUCUGUGGUUGGUCAUGGUGCCGUAACUUCGAACCAAACUGAGGUGGACACAGUUGUGGAAAACCCAACAGCUGUUUGCAGGGACAAUACACUUCCUGCUUCUUUAACGGACACAAAUAACAUCUCAAAUAUCCAAGCAACGAAAAAGAGAUUUACUUGCAGUGCCAUCACUUCAAACCGAACGGAAGCUGAUUCUACUUCAAAUAAGCAAGCAACAACCUGCAAGGACAAUACACGUUUUCCUCUUUUAUGUGACACAAAUAAUAUUUCUGACUCAGACACUGCAAACAGGGAAAUAAUCAGAAAUCCCACACCUGUGGUUGGUCAUGGUGCUGUAACUUCAAACCAAACUGAGGUUGACACAGUUGUGGAAAACCCAACAGCAGCUUGCAGUGACAAUACACUCCCUGCUUCUUUAAAGGACACAAAUAACAUCACAAAUUUGCAAGCAACGAAAAAGAGAACUACCUUCAGUGCCAUCACUUCAAACCAAACCGAAGCUGAUUCUGCUUUGAAUAAGCAAGCAACAACCUGCAAGGACAAUGCACGUUUUCUUCCUUUAUGUGACACAAAUAAAAUUUCGGACUCAGACACUGAAAACAGGGAAAUAAUCAGAAAUCCCGCAUCUGUGGUUGGUCAUGGUGUUGCAACUUUAAACCAAACUGAGGUUGACUCCGUUGUGGAAAACCCAACAGCAGUCUGCAGGGACAAUACACUCCCUGCUUCUUUAAAUAAGCAAGCAACAACCUGCGGUGACGAUACACGUUCUCCUCCUGUAAAUGACACAAAUAAGGCUUCUGAUUCAGACACUGCAAACAGGAAAAACAUUAGAAAUCCCACACCUGUGGUUGGUCAUGGUGACAUGUCUUUGAACCAAACUAAAGUUGACUCAGUUGUGGAAAACCCAACAGCUGUUUGCAGGGACAAUACACUUCCUGCUUCUUUAACGGACACAAAUAACGUCUCAAAUAUCCAAGCAACGACAAAGAGAUUUACUUACAGUGCCAUCACUUCAAACCGAACGGAAGCUGAUUCUGCUUUGAAUAAGCAAGCAACAACCUGCAAGGACAAUACACGUUUUCUUCCUUUAUGUGACACAAAUAAAAUUUCGGACUCAGACACUGAAAACAGGGAAAGAAUCAGAAAUCCCACAUCUGUGGUUGGUCAUGGUGUUGCAACUUUAAACCAAACUGAGGUUGACUCCGUUGUGGAAAACCCAACAGCAGCCUGCAGGGACAAUACACUCCCUGCUUCUUUAAAGGACACAAAUAACAUCUCAAAUUUGCAAGCAACAAAAAAGAUAAUUAAAUUCAUUGCCAUCACUUCAAACUCUACCGAAGCUGAUUCUGCUUCGAAUAAGCAAGCAACAGCCUGCAAGGACAAUAUAUUUUCUCCGCCUUUAAGUGACACAAAUAAAGUUUCUGACUCAGGCGCUGCAAACAUGGAAAAAAAUUGUAAUCCCACACCUGUGAUUUGUCCGGGUGACGUAACUUCGAACCAAACUGAGGUUGACUCCGUUGUGGAAAACCCAACAGCAGAUGGCAGGGACAAAACACUCCCUGCUUUUUUAAAGGACACAAAAAACUUUUCAAAUUUCCAAGCAACAAAAAAGAGAAUUGCUUACAGAGCCUUCACUUCAAACCAAACCAAAGCUGAUUCUGCUUUGAAAAAGCAAGCGACAACAAGCAAGGACAAUACACAUUCUCUUCUUUUAAGUGACACAAACCGACCCAAAACUGAUUCUGCUUCGAAUAAGCAAGCAACAACUUGCAAGGACGAUACACUUUCUCCUCCUUUAAGCGACACAAAUAAAGUUUCUGACUCAGACACUGCAAACGGGGAAACUCCUGCACCUGUGGUUGGUCAUGGUGCCAUGAUUUCGAACCAAACUGAGGUUGACUCAGUCGUGGAAAACCCAACAGGAGCUUGCAGGGACAAAACACUCCCUGCUUCUUUAAAAGACACAAAUAAUGCCCCUUACUUCCAACUAACAAAAAAGAGAAUUGCUUACAGUGCCUUCACGUUAAACCGAACUAAAUCCGAUUCUGCUUUGAGUAAGCAAGCAACAACCUGCAAAGACAAUACACAUUCUCUUCUUUUAAGUGACAAAUUCCAACCCAAAGCUGAUUCUGCUUCGAAUAAGCAAGCAACAACCUGCAAGGACAAUACACUUUCUCCUCCUUUAAGUGACACAAAUAAAGUUUCUGACUCAGACACUGCAAACAUGGAAAAAAUCAGAAAUCCCACACCUGUGGUUGGCCACGGCGCCAUAACUUCGAACCAAACUGAGGUUGACUCAGUUGUGGAAAACCCAACAGCAGCUUGCAGGGACAAUACACACUCUGCUUCUUUAAAGGACACAAAUAACAUCUCAAGUUUACAAGCAACAAAAAAGAGAAUUACUUACAAAGCUAUGACUUCAAACCGAACCAAAGCUGAUUUUGCUUUGAAUAAGCAAACAACCUGUGGGGACAAUACACUUUCUCCUUCUUUAAGUGACGCAAAUAAAGUUGACUCGGACACUGCAAACAGGGAAACUCCCACACCUGUGGUUGGUCAUGGUGCCAUGACUUUGAACAAAACUGAGGUUGACUCAGUUGUGGAAAACCCAACAGCAGCCUGCAGGGACAAUACACUCCCUGCUUCUUUAAAGGACACAAAUAACAUCUCAAAUUUCCGAACAACAAGAAAGAGAAAAAUUCAGGACUCCAAUGGUGUGAUGAGUCCCAGUCCCACCACUACAAGUCAUACCAAAACUUACCCAACUUCGAAAAACUCAACACCCACUUGCAGGCUUGAUUCACUCCUUGCUGUUUUGAAGAGCACUAUUAACAAGGUCAAUGCCAAAGCACCCAAAAGCUCUACAACUGUGACCGGUCACGGCACCAUAAUGUCAAACCAAACCCAAUCAGACUCUGCUUUAAACAACCCAACAACAUCUUGCAGUGAUAAUGCACUCCCAGCUCCCUCAAAGGGUACAGAUAAUGUAUGUAAGUUUGAGACCAUAAAUAAAAUUAAAACCUUCAGGUCUGUGGUUGGUCAAAAUCCCAUAACUUCAAACCAAAUCAAAACUGACUUUGCUGUGGAUAAACUAACAGAAUCUUAUAGGAUAUUUUCACCCUUUGUUCUUUUAAAGGACAUAAAUAAAGUCUCUAAUUAUAAAGACAUAAUAAAAAAUAAAAUUCCAAACUCAGAGUCUGUGGUUGGUCACAAUGCCAUAACUUCAAACCAAAGCAAACCUAAAUCUGCCGUGGAUAGCCCAACAACAUCUGGUAGGGUAGAGUCACACAUCGCUCUUUUAAAGGACACAAAUGAGGUUUCCAAAGAUGAAGAAACAAAAAAGAAUAAAACUGAGAGCUCCAACUCUGUGGUUGGUCACAAUACCAGAACUUCGAACCAAAGCAAAUUUGGCUCUACUGUGGAUAACCCAACAACAUCUCAUAGAACGGAUUCACACAUUGAACUUUUAAAGGACAGAAAUAAUGUCUUCAAUUAUGAAGAUAGAAAUAAUAUCAAAAUUAAGAUCUCCAAGUCUGAGGCUGGUUACAGUGCCACAACUUCCAUCCAAAACAAAGUUGAAUCUGCUGUGGACAACCCAACAACAUCUUGUAGGGUAGAUUCACAAAUUGCUCUUUCAAAAGACACAAAUAUAGUUUCCAAUCAUGAAGAAACAAAAAAGAAUGAAUCUAAGAGCUCCAGGUCUGUGGUUGGUCAUAGUGCCAUAACUUCCAUCCAAAGCAAAGUUGAAUCUGCUGUGGAUAACCCAACAUCUCGUAGGGUAGAGUCGCAAAGUGCUCUUUUAAAGAACACAAAUAAUGUUUUCAAUUAUGAAGAAACAAAAAAUAAUAAAACUAAGAACGCAAAGUCUGUGGUUGGUUACAAUACCAGAACUUCAAAUCAAAGCAAGAUUGGCUCUGCUGUGGAUAACUCAACAAGAUCUCGUAGGGUAGGGUCACGCAUUGCUCUUUUAAAAGACACAAAUAAUGUCUCCAAUUAUAAAGCAACACAAAAGAAUAAAACUAAGAACUCUAAGUCUGUGGUUGGUCACAGUACCAGAACUCCAAACCAAAGCAUAGGUGACUCUGCUGUGGAUACCCCAACAACAUCUCAUAGGAUAGAUUCACACAUAUCUUUUUUAAAGGGCACAAAUGUCUUCAAUUAUGAAGAAACAACUAAGAAUAAAAUUAGGAUCUCCAGGCCUGUGGUUGGUCACAGCGCUAUAACUUCCAUCCAAAGCAAAGUCGGCUCUCCUGUGAAUAACUCAACAACAUCUUGUAGGGUAGAUUCGCAAGUUGCUGUUUUAAAGGACACAAAUAAUGUCUCCACUCAUGAAGAAACAAACAAGAAUAAAAUUGAGAUCCCCAAGCCUGUGGUUGGUCAAAAUACCAUAACUUCAAACCAAAGCAAAGUUGACUCUGCUGUAAAUGACCCAACAAUAUCUCAUAGGAUAGAGUCAAUCAUUGCUCUUUUUAAGGACUCAAAUAAUGUCUCCAGUAAUGAAGAAACAAAAAAGAAUACAAUUGAGAACUCCAAGCCUGUGGUUGAUCACAAUGCCAUAACGUCAAACCAAAGUCAAGUUAAUUCCGUAGUGGAUAACCCAACAACAUAUAGAACAGAUCCACACAUUGCUCUGGUAAAGGACACCAAUAAGAUAACCAAUUAUAAAGAAACAAAAAAGAACCCCAAAUCUGUGAUCAUCCAUAGCGCCAUCACUUUAAACCAAACUGAAGCCGACUCUGCUUGGAACAGGCCAGGCAACAACUGCAGGGACAAUACACUUUCUCCUCCUUUAAAUGACAUAAAUAAUGUUUCCAACUCCGAUAUGACAAAAGGGGAAGAAAUUCGAAAUCUCACAUCUGCAGAUCAUUAUGGUGCUAUAACUCCAAACCAAACCAACGUCUACCCAGCUGUGCAUGACCCAACAGGAUCUUGCAGGGACACCACACUUACUGCUUCUUUAAAGGACCCAAAUAAUGUCCCCAUUUCCAAACCAACAGAAACAAAAACAAUGAAGCUCUCUGAGUCUGCUGUUGGUCAAGGCGCCAUAAUGUCAAAUCAAACCAAAGUAAACUCUUCAUUGAAUGACCCAACAACCUGUAUGCAUGAUAGUCUUCCUGGUCCUUUAAAAGAGGCAAAUAAUGUCUCCAACUCUGAGUCAACGAAAGGGAAAGAAAUGAAAAAUUCCACAGCUGUGGGUGAUAACCGCAGCAUAGGGUCAAAUAAAACUGAGACCAACGCUAAUAUUGAUGCGACAACGGGAGUUUGCAGUGGCGGUACAUCAACUGCCCCUAUGAAUGGUACAAAUACUAUUUCUAAUUCAGAGGACACAAGGGUGACAACUCAGAAAAAUGCCAAGGAAAAUCAUGGACCUGCUCAGGUUGGCUCAUCUCUGAAUAACCCAACAAAAGAUUGCAGUGACGACCCCUCAGCCAAUCCUGUAAAAGAUACAGAUAACUGUUCCAAACCUAAGGCCCCAAAGGUGAAGAAAAAGCGGAAGAAAGAAAGAAAGCACAAAUGUCCAGAUUGCGGGAAGCUGUUUUUAUUCAAUGCACAUCUGGUGGUGCAUUAUCGAACUCACACAGGAGAGAGGCCUUUCUCUUGUCUUGAAUGUGGCAAAAGCUUUCUCUGUAAGACCCAACUCGCGGCGCAUCAAGUAUUCCAUUCCAAGGAGAGGCGGUAUUCUUGCUCUGAGUGCAAUAAAAGCUUCUACAACAGCACUCAUCUCCAGGUUCACCGAAAAAUCCAUAAAAAUGAACGACCCUAUGUAUGCGCCGAGUGUGGGAAGACAUUUAUCCACUCGUCAAACUAUACCAAACAUCUAGAGAUUCACAAGGGGGUGAAAAACUAUUUGUGCUCUUACUGCGGAAAAAGUUUUCGGCAAAGCAGUCACCUUCAUUCUCAUCAAAAACAGCACACUGCAGACCAUGGGUUUUCAUGCCACAAGUGCCACAAAAAGUUUAAGACAGAACGUUCCUUGAUCACUCACUAUAAAUCCCACCGAAUCACGCCGCUUUCUUGCUCUGAAUGUGGCAAGCAUUUUAUCAAUCGUGUCAGUUUUGAUCGCCAUCGGCGUGUCCACACAGGCCACAAAUUGUUGUCUUGUCCCGAAUGUGGGAAAUGCUUUAUAAAUAAAACCCAUCUUUCUGUCCACCAACGGACUCACUCAGGAGAAAAACCCUUUGCAUGCACAAGCUGCGAAAUGAGAUUUAGCGAUAAGUCUGCCUGUAAAAGGCAUAUUGGAAGGCACACGCAAAAAACUCCUGAAGAGCACCCAGCAAAUGUUCAAAGUUUGGACAAGCAAAAAGGCCCAGACGUACACACCAAGCCAUUUCAAUGCCUAGAUUGUGAGAAAUUUUACAAAACAGAGGCAAGGCUCUCAAAUCACCAAAAGCGUCACCAUAAAGAGAAUCCAUUUUCAUGCAGUGAUUGUGGCAAACGUUUCGCCGAAGAAGCACUGCUAGCUGCACAUCAGAAGAGUCACCUCGCCGAAAAACAUUUUUUGUGUUUGCAGUGUGGCAUGGGUUUCAAAACACAACUGGAGCUUGAAACACAUCAGGAAAUUCACUCUAUAAAGGCACUUUUAUGUAACAUUUGCGGACGUCGUUUUGCCCUUGAGGAACACCUAGCCAUGCAUCAGAAAAGGCACUUGGAUGAGAACCUAUUUUCAUGUGAAAAGUGUAACAUAGCAUUCAAAUCACAAGCAGAACUUGAAACGCAUUGCAAAAGUCACCCAGAAAAGAAGUUUUCAUGCAUCGAUUGCGAGCGUCUUUUCGCCUCCGAGAAACGCUUAGCCAAGCAUCAGAGAAAGCACCAUGGUGUCAUUACACUUCUUUUUUCAUGUGUGAAGUGCAGCAGAGGCUUCAAAACGGUGCUGGAGCUCGAAACGCAUGAGCGAAAUCACCCUGAAUUGAACUUAGUUUUUUGCCCUGAUUGUGGUCGGCGUUUCACAAGUGAGACACUCCUAGCUGCACAUCAGAAGCAGCACCUCGGUGAAAAGGGGUUUCUGUGUUCCAGAUGCAGUAAAGGCUUCAAAACCGAACAUGAUCUCAAAAUGCAUCAGAAAAAUCACCCAGAAGAGAAGCCAUUUUUAUGUGGUGACUGUGGUCGACGGUUUGCUAGCGAGUUGCUCUUAUCUGCACAUCAGGAGAGGCACGUCAGCAAAAAGCGCUACUUGUGUAUGAGCUGCGGGCGCGGGUUUAAUGAGAAGUCGAAUUUCGAAAAACACUGUAGAGUUCACACAGGUGAGAGGCCCUAUAAGUGCUCCGAUUGCGACAAGACCUUCUCCGUCAAAUCCAAUAUGAUCAGGCACCAUAAAAUUCACACUGGCGAGCGCCCUUUUAAGUGUCUGGAAUGCGGGAAAAGCUUCAGGGUCAAGUCUUAUUUCCUCAUCCACCAAAAAUUGCACACUGGAGAACGAGAAUAUUGCUGUCCUCAGUGCCCAAAAACUUUCCGGGACAAGUCAAACUAUCAGAGACACAAGAAGAGCCACACAGUAGUAGUCAAGCGGUUUACUUGCACCGAGUGUGGAAAAAGUUUUAGCAGUCCCACCCAGCUGACGAUACACGCAAGGACCCAUUCGCGGCAAAAAUUUGAGUGUGCUCAUUGUGGGAAGAAUUUUAAAAACAACUGGAGUUUAAAUAAGCAUACAAAAACUCACAAGCCAAAAAUGUUAUCGAAAGCAGAAAAGGUGGCGGUGUAGCUCAUAUUCAGCUGGCACAGACUUUCCUAUACCCAGCCAUGAAUUCAAUACCUACUUGGAGGGUUGCAAAAUAGUCCCAUGCCAAAGGGUGGGGUGCAAUCCUUCAUACAUAUCCAGAGUCUUCCCCAGUGCCUUCCAUUAAAUACAUGCCUUGAACGGCUCCAGUAUGGCUUUCCAAUGAACAUCAAUGGUGGAGAAUGUAGCAUCCAGGAGCUA